AUGGUAUUCGAAGACGACGACGAGGCGCUGUCCGGUCGCUCUGGUGGAGAGGAAGACAACCAACCCCGAACCAAGAAGAGGCGGACAAACUCAAGUGCGCAAGCGAACGGCGUUGAUACUGAAGGCCCCGCCUGUCAAUCCUGUCGAAAGAAGAAAGCCAGAUGCUCGAGGCGGCAGCCUUGCUCGGCUUGUGUACGAUACAAUGUAGAAUGUGUGUACGAUGACAGAAGAUCCAAACCAGGAUUACGCACUGGCGCCGUUGAGAACCUCAGCCAGAGAGUCGCCACGCUCGAAAACAUGUUUCUCGGCCAGGGCGUCUUAUGGCAACAGGUCUUCAAUUGCCUGAACUCGGCAGCCAGCCGCAAUGCUCCCAGCCCAAGCCAAGACGGCUCUUCGAAUGUAUCACUCAACGAGAGAACAACUUCGCUCAAGAAUACCCUCGCAACGCUGGCCGAAGGCGGAGAGCCUGCGUUGACAACGCUUGCAACCAUUCCUACAAAUGACAAUGUCGCUCUAGGAAAGACAGCGGAAACGAGGACGCGAACAAGUCUCAAUUUUGACCGGGUGACCGAAGCGGACCUACUGCCAGAGCCCGACCUCAUGGAUACUCUUGUCGAGAUUUACUUUUCCAAUAUCCACCCCUGGAUUCCCAUGCUCCACGUGCGCCAAUUUCGGGAGAGAAUGCAGGAUCCAGCUCAGCGACCCCAUCUCAGCACCAUAUUUCAUGCCAUAGUUUCUUUGUGCGCAAGAUUCUCCCAGGAUCCUCGUCUGGGACUGCCCGAGGAAAAGACACGCAAGGCAAGAAGAUGCCGGCAGUAUGUAAUACUGAACAGUAUGGAGUCCUUCUCAGUGGAGAAUCUUCAGGCUCUGACAAUAAUUGCCUUUGACACCAUCGGCAGUGGUAGAGGUCCAUCAGCUUGGUCUAUCGUUGGAAGCAUGACCCGAACGGUUGAACAAUUACAGCUCAGUGUUGAAGAUGAAGACCAACCACCGGCUGCGAAGCACCUCAUCAAGCGCAUGGCAUUCCUGCCGCUUUGUCGAAGCUGGAGCGAACGAGAAGAGAGGCGUCGGGUCUUCUGGAAUAUCUUCCUGAUGGACAGGUUCUGCAGUGUCGCAACAGGUUGGAACUUUUCUCUUACCAGCGCAGACGUAAAACGACGUCUACCCUGCGAGGGGGCGCUUUGGGAGAAUGGAGAACCGCUCCAGACCCCAACACCAUAUUUCGGUGUAGCUGAUCAGUCCAGCGGCUCCAGUGGGACCCUUCCUGCUGCACGUCUGGAAGAGGCAGCUCAGGAUUCACUUGGGGGCUUUGCGUACUGCAUCGAAGCUACCGAGAGCCUCAGUCUCGUGACGUCCUUCUUCCUCCAGCAAGCUAUCGAUGUUUCCAAGCCACACGAGAUCCAAGUCUGGUUGAUGAAGUUCAAGCAACUUGACUUGCGUCUAGUACAGUGGAAGAUUUUCCUUCCCGAACAGUGGCGGGAGGCAUGCGUUCUUAAUGUGGACGGCAUCAUGGACCCUAAUCUCACUCUCGCUCACCUAACGCACAAUUCAAGCGUAGUGCUGCUUCAUCAGGGCGUCGCCUAUCCGUUGCCCGAAUGGCAAGCUACUGGAAUACGACUGCCGUCAGCAUCUAGUGCGGAAACAUGCAUGGCUGCGGCAACAGAAGUGGCUAUCAUUGCCGAGAAAUUUCUCCAAGACUCGCAGCAAGUUGUCAGCCCACAAUUCGCGUUUUGCCUCUUCAUCUGCGGACGAAUGUUCCUGGCCCAUUCAACAUACUACAAUUUUGCUCUUCCGGAUGGCUUUGAUUCGCUAGUGAACAGCCUCAAUGUUAUAGCUCAAAGGUGGAACGGUCUAGGUGAUGUGUCUGACAACCUGGCAUCCAAAUUCGCCGGUCGGCUGAUUCAAGCGCGGCAUCAGGGCAGGGGAAUGCUCGAUAUCCGGCAAGCAGUCUACUCGGACGAUGCCCGUCUAGACACAAUCUCCGUACCGUCUGGAGAUAACCCAAAGACUCCUGGGAUGUCUCGUAUCAGAUCGAACCUUCGAGAUAUUGCAUUCUCGCCGAGUCAAGCCACCGGCCAAGAAUCGGCCUUUCUAGGCGGCCUUGGAACUUCCACCAUGGACUUUGAACAAGAGGCUUCCCCUGACAGUAUAUCUCUGGCAUUUCCUCCACUCCCGAUAGCGUUCCAUGCGCAAAGUGCAAGCAGAGGCCCGACGGCCAUGCCCUCGCCAAUGCCCGGCGGUGCGAUACCGCCAAGCCACGUGAAUGGAUACGAUCACUUCGACGUCGGCGUUCCAAAUAACCAUGGCACCACACAUCACCCAACUGGAGACUUCGAAGACCUCAACGCUUACUUGGACUACUCUUUUUUGCCGAAUCAGAGAAUUAGCAUGUUCUCGGGGGCAGUAGAGAAAGAGUAG